CAUAGGCUAGUGUAGAAAGUCACUGUGUGUGAACAGAUAACUCGGCAAGAAGAAAUACGCUGUGCCUGUGCAAAUGUGUGCAAUGGUGUCGCCCCCUCUUGAUCUAGCUAGUAGAAUGCAGUAGCAGUAGUAUGUUUCAUGCAAUCCUUACUGACUUUUUUCAACAAUAAAGGUUAUGUCCUUUGAUUUACGAUUGAUGCUAUCCGGAUAAUAACGAUCUGCAUCUGGUCACAUUCAAAUAAUUCAAAGCCUAUCACUUACCCAGUACUCUAGUCCAUGGCGAUGUUGAACCCUGCAGCCUGUGAUGGAUUGGGAAAUGCGACUUGAAAUGUGCUUGUCCAGCCACGGGACCUCCCCUCAGUAGUACGACGACCCCUGCGUGCGGAAUGGAUGAACACCCAUCACCGGGCAGCGAUGAGAAUGCCGGUCAAAACGCCGUGCCCAGGAGGAAGCUGGCGAAAGUUGUACGCCCAACAGACCACCAGGGCCUCGGCAUGAUCGAUGAGGACGCUGAGCUGAUCAUUGAAGAUGAAUCAGAGCUGGAUACCCCGAUGCCAAUGUCUAGUAGCAGUGACAAUGCUAGUGGCCAUGAUCCAAGUGAUAGUUUGCGUACAGAAAGCACUGACAAAGCUAGUGCACCACCCAGUUCCCUCGGAUCUCCAACAGGUGGCUGCAAUGAAGACAGCUCAGAGCUGGGAAUGCUAGAUCUAUCCGCUGUUUGUGAGCGCCUUGAAGCUUUGCAAACUGCGAGGGAGUCCACCUCCGAAGCUAGUCAAGUGCCUGAUGGCAAUGCAGCAGAGAUAGCUGCUAUGGCUGUUGUUGACGAGGACGAGGCUGUGGAGAGUAGCGAACUUGAGGCAUCCGUUGGCAGCUUGGGUUCGUGGAGUGACAGUGAUGAUGACACUUUGCUCGCUCUUGUUCGCAAGAAUGUGGUUGUGACGCCGGAAGGGUAUGACCAGGCUCUCCUGGACGUGAUGUCGGUCAUGUCUGACACAAACGUACCAAGCUUGCUUCAGUACCGCCGCGAGACUCAAGAGAUCAACGAGGUUGUCCCUCCUCCCGAGCCCAUUGAGAAGCGCUUCAAUUUCGUCUAUGACGAGAAGUUGAAGUGCUACAUCUUGCCGCCGGUCAAGAACAAAGCCAACCUGACCUGUGAUUUUUGCGGCCAGCUGCAAUUUGGACCGAAGGAGCUGGUGGCCAACCGGCCCGUUGUCAGGGGCCAGAAACUCCCAGCUCCCAGCACGGAAGAGAUUGAUCAACUUCAAGGCAGGGGUGAGUACUGUUGCCAGCAGUAUUUUCACAUGUGCAAGGUCAUGCUUUUGCGAUGGAUGGAUGAGAAUGAGAAGGCCUCCAAGCUGGCUCCUGUGCUGAUCGACAUCGCUCCAUCCAGCCACUACGGAUCGAAGGAAGCCCGCAAGGCAGCCAAACGCCGCAUGAUUGACAAGCUCAUCAUGCGCGAACACAUGCGAAAGGGGAAAACUGGACCAGUUAGCUUUUAUGCUUUGAAGAAAGGGAAGACUGUGUCAUUCUCCCUGGCCGGUCAAGCACGCUCGCCGAAAGGCUGGGUUAUGGCUGACGCGGACCCUGAGAAGAAAGCAGCCAGGUCUGACCGCAGAAGGUCGUAUUCCGAUACUCUGGGUGGGUCACUUCUGAUCUUGCCAAGCUUGAAGCAUGAAGAUCAGGAUCAGCAGGAGAAUCCACGGCGAAAAGCAAGCGCUCAGCCCGCACCGGAGACUGCAAGCGAAUUACCAGUCUUGCCAUCAAUUCACGCCCCUACUCUCACCAGUGUGGCACAAGGCAUGGUGCCGACGGCGUCAGCGCGACAGAAGUCUGCUGUCAAGCGCAAGCUGGGAGUCGCGACUGGCGUUGAUCAGCCACAUGACCUGGGAGCACGGGCUAUGGCGAAGCUACCAACGAUUGAACGUGAUGGCCAGGUCCGAACCUCUCCUGUGUCCGUCGCUUCAGUUGAUCCGAGUGUGGACUCGAGAGAAAGCGAGCGGCGGACUAAUCCCCUGUGUCAAGUGGACACCAGUACCGAGGCUACACCGUCCAUGCUAUCCCUGGUCAGCACGCAAAGCGAACGAAUGCGACGCAACACUACCUCUGCGAUCCCUAGUCAGAAUGUGCUUGGCCUUGAGCAUUCGCGUCACCUGAGCCUUGCCCUGCCACCCAGUGAACCCAUUGCAUUGCCACGGUUACCGAAGAAUCGCCUAGUAGCUGCCGCUAGUGGUGCAGUUGCACCGUUAUCUCUUCUCACGGACAUGCUACACGGCAAGCUGUCACGUGACUAUCCUAAGCCAUUCAUCCGUCACUACAACUCGGGAGAGUUAUUCGCUGCGCGGUUCUCUGAUGGAACUAGCUGCUGCUUCUAUCCGAAUGGCAGUAUAGCUGUGUACACGUCUUUCUCUAAAGAUGGUGGUAUGAGCACAUAUGCCUACGAGCCCUGUUUGAGCGGUCAAUGUGAUGAUCCGACCAUGUUGGCUAUGUUUUGCCCCUCCAUCUUUCACGGGUGUUGCUACACCCCGAGUGGGAGUAUCCGCGUCUUGCUCGAUCGCACGGGAGGCGUUGUCUUUGAUCAAGCCAAUCAAGGAAGGCAGAGGCGGUGGUCGUGGCUCCUGCCCCGGCAUGUAUCACCAAUGAGCCAUGCUCCAGCCUUCCAGCCCAUCUGCCUGGCAUUGAGCAAUCACGUGUCACUGCGCUGUGUCCGACAUAACAACAUUGUUAUCAUCUUCUCACAUGGUGCAUUCUCCAUGCGCUUUCCGAUUACCUUUGACAUACCACAGCAGGGCACUGGCAAGGAAUCCCCGGGUAUGGGUGUGCAUGGCGACUUGAAAGAUACCAAGACCAAGAUUACGUCUCUCUUGCGGAAGAUGAACACCAUUGAGAACUAUGGCGGUACUGCUCGACGCUGGGCCGAGCCAGAAUCCAAAGCGAAGACUCCAUUCCGUCCAACUGCUUCCACGGCUACAGCUGCCCCACAGGAAGAUCCGGCUGGUGCCGCAGGCAGUAGACCAGCUCCCACUGCUGAUAGUGCUGCCAGGAGUGGGAAUAGGGACCAACUGGAUAAGCAGUUGGCGCACGGACAGCAUGGCUUUGCCACUGUGACAGUCAGCAAGGGACGCAAAAGAACUGCGCCGGGGAAAUUGCAAAAGAAGCAAGUGUGGUAGUGCCGUCAUGUUUGCACGAUACUUCUGGGGUUUUCCUCCUGCUGGAAACUAUUUGUUUUCAUUCCUAAAAUGUGCUAUUCUUCAGCAAUAUCUAUGUGCAAUUGGAAAUUUCUUUGCAUGCUACAAGAAUCUGGUAUAUUUUGUUAUAUUAUCCUAUAUGGCUAUUUUUACCCACUGUGCCCUUGAUCAUCUCGUCAACUAUUCACAUACAGUGUAUAUUUCAAGGUCAGCUACUACAAAUCAUUUUUUAUGAAGUCUGGACAUGGUAGUCUAAACCAGCUGGCCUGGAGACAGUCCUUUUAGUUUGCGAAUGUUAUCCAAUUCAAAUUAGGCACUUCGAAGUAUGUAUUGCUGUUCGGAUCAUUGUCAAAAAAUCAGGAACACCUGCAAUCCUGUCCUAAAGUGUA